GAGGAGGAGACACUGGAUUCAUCCCAUUGUUGCGCAGAGAAUUCAGAAGGGACAAUUUCACACACUUUAUAAUGAUCUGCGUCAAGACCCCUUCAAGUUUCACAAUUUUUGCCGUAUGUCCAUGGAGUCAUUUGAUCACCUUUUGACGUCUCUCCACCCUGACCUUAACUUCAGGGACACUAGCAUGCGGCGCAGCAUCUCUGCCGAACAAAGGCUUAUUGUCACGUUGAGAUUCCUUGCAACUGGAAAUUCGUUUGCAUCGCUGCACUUUGAAUUUUUGCUAGGGAUCUCAACUAUCUCUGGGAUUGUCUGCCAUACGUGUAAAGUCAUAUGGCAGCGACUCAGAGAUGCGGUGAUGCCCACCCCCAAGGCGGAAGAUUGGCUUCGUAUCGCCGAGGGUUUUUUCCAAUCCGCGCAGUUUCCAAACUGCAUUGGGGCACUGGACGGAAAGCACAUCCGUGUGAAGAAACCGCCUCACUCAGGGUCCCGGUUCUUCAAUUACAAACAAUAUUUUUCUGUAGUGCUGAUGGCCUUAGUUGACAGUAACUACAAGUUUGUAAUUGUGGAUAUCGGGGCCUACGGGAGCACUUCAGACAGCCGCAUCUUUAGUGUUUCCAGAAUGGGUGAACGGCUUCGUGAAAACCAGCUUGCCCUGCCAGAGCCAAGAAGACUACCCGGAUCUGCAGGUCCGCCGGCUCCAUUUGUGAUCGUGGCAGACGAAGGAUUCGCAUUGUCACAUCACCUGAUGCGGCCCUUCCCUAGACGCGAUCUGGAUGACAGGAAGCGUAUCUUCAAUUAUCGAUUGACUCGCGCCCGUCGGUAUGUGGAGUGCGCUUUUGGAAUACUGUCCAGUAAGUGGAGAGUAUUCAUGUCAUCCAUACAAAUGAAUCCGGACAAUGCCACCCUGGUGAUACAGGCUUGUGUAGUGCUGCACAACUUCACCAGGAUACAUGAUGCCUCCGCUGAUGCUGAUUUGGGUCAAAAUGUGCCAUCUUCAGUCAAUUUUGAUCUCAGUCGGACUGGAAGACCGGGAACGGCUGGGCUAGCUGUUCGGGAUUUCUAUGCCGACUUUUUCAGCAGUCCAGAGGGGGCAUUACCGUGGCAAUUGGAAGCCAUCCGUGGAAGUCGUUGAUUUCAGCUUGAAUCUGGUUUCCAAAUUACUAUUCAAAUUUACAUUUUCUUAGUUUAGUUAGAUCCCCUGUUGUUAGUUUAGUUUAGGGACUCGCAAGAUAAUGAGGACCCUUGACGUGGGCUUGCGAGCUGAGGUAUUUAA